AUGGACGCAGACGGGAUGGAAAGGCCCGCGAAGAAAGCAAAGCUUGGAUUGCAUACAGAUGCUUCGAGUUCCGUGGCGAAUGAAAGCUCUCUCAUUACCGAGAGGAGGGUCAGCGAAGAUUCAGAAAUAUCUGAUGAAGAAGAAGAGCAGAGGGGCCCAAGGCGGAGGGCUGAGCCGCCUAGGGCGUCGGACAUGUACCUUGACACAAUAAACAGAGCCGUCCUUGAUUUUGAUUUCGAAAAAGUAUGCUCUGUCUCCCUCUCCAAUAUAAACAUCUAUGGUUGCCUUGUGUGCGGGAAGUACUUCCAGGGACGAGGUCGUAAUUCUUACGCGUACGCCCACGCCAUACAUGAAGAUCAUCAUGUAUUCAUCAAUCUGGAAUCAACGAAGGUCUAUGUCCUCCCCGACGGAUACCUAGUAUCAGACCCAUCCCUAGAGGAUAUAUCGUUCGUUCUCGCGCCUUCCUUCACAUCUGCUUCAAUAGAAGGGCUCUCAUCACCCUCAUUCAUUCAAAAACCGUCAUAUGACCUGUCUUCCAAGCCAUACAUUCCUGGAUAUAUCGGCCUAAAUGAUAUCAAGCGAAACGAUUACAUGAAUGUCAUUAUACAUUCACUACUUCAUGUCCAGCCUCUACGUGACCAUCUGUUAAUUUCUAACUUCCACGGAAAGGAGUCUGAGUUGUUAAAGCGUUUUGCCAGUCUUGCGAAGAAGGUGUGGAACCCUAGGCUUUUCAAGAGCCAAGUCAGUCCGCACGAGUUUCUGCAGGAGGUAGGCAGAGCAAGUGCGGGUAAGUUCAGUCUUGGAAGUCAAGGCGAUCCAGUAGAAUUCCUGGGGUGGUUGCUAAACCGUCUGCAUAAGGACAUGGGCGGGACAAAGAAGAAGAACUCUAGUACGUGUUCCAUCUACUUGGCUGUUCUAGACUCGCGAGAGCCUGCCUGUGCUAAGGAUCGAGUUCGCACAGGUGUCAUUUUCUCCACGUUUCAGGGUCAAGUACGGAUGGAGACGCAGCAAGUCGUUGUGCGUCCCGAUCUUGGUGAUAAUGAGAAGCCGAGAUUUGAUAUCGACCGAGAGAUCAAAUCAACGGUCUCGCCGUUCCUAUUCUUGGCCGUCGAUCUGCCACCGCCACCGUUAUUCCAAGAUGCAGUAGAGAAGAAUAUCAUUCCGCAAGUCGGAAUAUACUCAGUGCUUACCAAGUAUGACGGCCGUACCACACAGGAGUCGGCCGGUCAAUUGAGACGGUUCAAAUGCCAGCAAUUACCUCCCUACGUCAUAUUGAACUUCAAGCGGUUCACCAAGAAUAUUUUCGUGGAAGAGAAAAAUCCCACUAUAGUGAAUUUCCCGCUGCGAGGACUUGAUCUCCGUGAAUUCCUUGAUGCACCACCUUCCCACUCGCCCACUCUAUAUGAUUUAAUCGCGAAUGUCACGCACGAGUCAGCAGCGGGUACCACUCAUGAUAAGGAGACCACAGUUUGGAAAGUUCAUCUCCGCGCUGGUGGGGGAGGCGGUGACACGGAGAAAUGGUUCCAAAUUCAGGAUCUGAUUGUGGAAGAAAUCAGGAAGGAGAUGAUUUUUUUGGGUGAAACCGUGUUACAGAUAUGGGAACGAAGGCCGGUGUUGUCGAAGACGAAUGUGACAAUUCAGGAUGAGUCUAAGAUGCAUGUCGACCGUUAG